GUAGGGCCAAUAAUAAACACACGCACACGCAGACACACAGAGCGCACACUAAUCUGAGACAGGCUAGUAGCCCCUGCAUCCCUUUCUCUCUCCUCUCUUUUCUCUCAGGCUGCCAGUCGCUGCUCCGGUCCCACCAAUGUCAAGUUUUUUUUCCAAAUUGUAUUUUGCACAUUUCUGAUUUGAUCGUUUCAUAUGAAUCCACUGGAGACACGGUCCUCUGAGUGAGUUGCGGGGAUUUGCUUCAGCCUACAGAUGGACACACAACGGGCGAAGAACAGACUGUGUGGGAAAUGGCAUGUAGUGUAUCGUUUUGCGUUGUUCACUUGUUUCUUGGAUGCAGUGUGGGGACAGAUACGCUACUCCAUCCCAGAGGAACUGGAGCACGGAGCUUUUGUUGGCAACAUUGCAGAGGACCUUGGACUGGAUUUGGACAAGCUCUCUGCGCGCAGAUUCCGGAUAGUCUCCGGUGCCAAGAAGCAGUAUGUGGAGGUAAAUUUGGAAAAUGGAGUUUUAUUUGUCAAUGAAAGAAUUGAUCGUGAAGAACUAUGCGAGCAGAGUUUAUCCUGUUCUUUUCACCUGCAAGUAGUCAUAGAAAAUCCCCUGGAGCUGUACAGGGUGGAGAUGGAAAUUCUAGACGUGAAUGAUAACUCUCCUAGUUUCCCGUGGAGCGAGUUUAACCUGGACAUAUCGGAGUCCGCUGCGCCAGGAUCCCGUUUCCCACUUGAGAGCGCACAGGACUUGGAUGUUGGCUCCAACUCUCUCCGCACCUAUUUGCUGAGCGUAAAUGAGCAUUUCUUCUUGGACAUACAGACGCGCAGUGAUGGCAGCAAAUUUGCAGAACUAGUCCUGCAAAACCCGCUGGACAGAGAGCAGCAGAGCGCGCAUCAGAUGGUGCUGACGGCAGUGGAUGGGGGCUCACCGGAGAGAUCAGGCACUGCGCAAAUUGAUAUCACCGUUUUGGAUGCAAACGAUAACGCGCCUGUGUUUGAUCAGUCGUUUUAUAGAGUGAGGCUGGCUGAAAACGCACCCAAAGGCACCGUGGUCAUAAAACUCAACGCGUCCGACUUAGAUGAGGGUCCCAAUGCUGAUAUCACCUACUCAUUUAGCGGCCACGCUCCCAUCAAAGUGCGCCAGCUUUUCAGCGUGGACCCGCACACAGGAGAAAUCAAAGUCAAAGGAGUGAUAGAUUACGAAAAAGCCAGGAUGCAUGAAAUUUAUGUCCAAGCUAAAGAUAAAGGCCCCUCUGCUGUGGCAGUGCACUGCAAAGUGUUAGUGAACGUUUUGGAUAAAAAUGACAACCUUCCAGAGGUGAUCUUGACAUCAGUGUCCACUCCUGUGCAGGAGGACGCGCCCCCGGGGACGGUGAUUGCAGUGAUCAGUGUGAUGGACAAAGACUCAGGUGAAAACGGGAACGUGGACUGUGAGAUUCCCCACCAGGUCCCAUUCCAGCUUCAUUCCUCCUUUAAGAAUUAUUACACAUUAGUAACUUGUGAUUUUCUGGACAGAGAGGCAGUUGCAGAGUACAACAUCACCCUGACUGCAAGAGAUAUGGGUUCUCCACCUUUAUUCACCAGGAAAACUAUCUUAGUCCAAGUGUCUGAUGUGAAUGACAACGCGCCUCACUUCAAACAGCCCUCAUAUACUGUGUAUCUAACCGAGAAUAACGCACCGGGAGCAUCCAUCUGCUCAGUGACUGCAGUGGAUCCAGAUUCUGGCCAGAACGCAUACCUGUCCUACUCUAUCCUAGAAGGGGACAUACAGGGAAUGCCCGUCUCUACAUAUGUGUCCAUAAACUCCGACAGUGGAAACAUUUACGCACUACGAUCCUUCGACCACGAGCAACUUAAAAACUUUCAAGUCACAGUUCAAGCUCAAGACGCGGGGUUUCCGCCUCUGAACAGCAACGUUUCAGUGAAUAUCUUCAUUCUGGACCAGAAUGACAACGCACCUGUCAUUGUGUCACCUGCCACGCAAAACGGCACAACGCCCAGCGAGGUAGUGCCCAGAUCAGUGGACGCCGGUUACCUUGUGACUAAAAUCAACGCUGUGGACGCGGACGCAGGUCAAAACUCGCGUCUUUUCUAUCAAAUGCUGCAAGCAACUGACCCGAGCUUGUUCAGCAUCGCUCUGUACACGGGCGAAAUCAGGACGAUCCGUCAGUUAGUGGAAAAGGAGCCCACGAGGCACAGACUGGUCAUUCUGGUGAAGGACAAUGGUCAGCCGCCGCUCUCGGCCACAGUUUCCAUCAUUCUGUCAGUGGUUGACAGCCUGCCAGAUUCGCAGCCCGAUUUGGGUGACCUGUCACGAAGCCCACAUCACAGCUCCAACUUCGCCCUGUACUUAAUCGUGUCUCUGGGCGCAAUCUCAUUCACAUUUCUGGUGGCUAUUAUCGUCCUCGUCGCAGUGAGGAGACUGAAGGGCAGACCGUCCAAUAAAGAGUCCAGCUUCCCCUCCAUCACUCGUUGCUGCUGCUGCUGCUCUCGCUCAGACCUGUCCACCACGACGGAGGUGUUCAAGAAGUCCAACUUAAACGUCCGGAUGUCCGGUGGCGCGUCCGGCUGCGCGGAGCCAAACGGCAACGGCGCGAUGCCUCAAGUCUACUGCUACAAAAUGUGCCUGACGCCGGAGUCAUCCAAAAGCGACUUCAUGUUCCUGAAGCCGUGCAGUCCGGUUAUGUCAGUCCAACAGAAUAACACCAAGAGCACAGAUUACCUGACUUCUGGCUGGAGCGCACUGGACCGUAAUGAGCUGUCCAGCACUAGAGCAGCGACCCCGAACGAGCUCAAGUAUUCAAACAAGGACUGGACGUGGACCAAAAACCAGCGUAACUCGGCGUACAAGAGGUACAGUUCAGCAAAUAUGGAGGGCACACUUUCACGACAACAGAAAUAUGAUACUGAUGGGUUUUCCUGCUCCGUGGCACCACAAUACUGGACCUGGGGGAACCAUAUGAAUGACUGCAAGAUGUCUCUUCAAGAAGGAGCAGCUCCAAACUACUCAUGGACUCCAAAGUACACCCAGCCUCAAUCCGAACCACCAGACUACCAGCACAAUGUGUACAUUCCCGGCACCACGUCUGGCUACAGCACUCUGAAGCUGGCACCAAACCGAGGAGAGCUGGACGUGUACAACACCUUCUCUACCUUCGGGAAGAAGAAGAGAUUCAUCUCCAACUAUGAACAAUCUUUUGAUAAAGAUGACGGUAUCAUAAGCAAUUCUAUCUUUAAAUAGUACCAACUCCUCUUUAGAUUCUGCUACAAAUCAGUUCUGUAGGGAUACGACAAAUGUUUAACUCAAAGGUUGUGUAUGUUCUGGUACCUUUUCUGUAGAUCCACCUUUUACGUCUCAUAGGCACAGCUGAGUGCACUGCUGUGUGCCAAAGCUGUGAACCAAUAUACUCAGCUAGCAAUAAAGUUUGCACUUCACACUAGAGGUUUCUAUCAAUAGCUGACAAAAUGUUUUUAUGAAAAGUAAAACCAUAGAUGUUAAACUCAGUAUCAAAUCAUUUGUGUGUGCGCUGUUAUUCACAAGUAGAUCUUGUCUGGAAAAUCAAGCUGUGUACAGUUUUCCUAUCAGUUUGACUCCAAUCAUGCCUAAGUGUGUUUUUCUUCUUUUAUUUUUUGGUCAUUUUUAAAAAGUCUGCAAUCAGGCAUAAUGCACAAGCAAUGCAAAAUGGUAUAUAAAGGAAUAGAAAAAUAGUGCAGAUUCAAGGAAAUGCACCCAAACUAAAAAUAUCUACAUAUAUGGCAAGUGUAAUAAAGCAACCUCUACAUCUUGCUUCACUGAGAGAUUGUGUUACAGCAUCCCAGCUAUGAUGUGACCUCUUGUGCAGCCAACCAUCAUGCUGACACAUCACAAUGAAAUGUUGAUGACAUUUUCAAGGGCAGUAACACAGGUGAAUCGAUGUAAGUCCCGUAAAGUCACUGCAAAUGUCAUGCACCUCUUGGAGAAUAAUGACAGAGAAUAAAGACAAGUAUUUUACUCACUGGUUAUAUGUAUUUCAGAUUUGUUUUUAUCAUUAGGUGGGGUUUGUAUAUUGACAGAUGAUUACAUAGUUAUGCUUAGUAGAAAUGAUCUCUCACCAUGUACAGUAUAUAUUAAAAACAAUAAAUUUGCUCUCAACCA